CAGCCCACAUCACAGACAUAGCAGCGAGAGCAUUCCUUUGACGGGAAAUAGGCUCCUGUUUUUUGACCGGCGCCGAGAUUCACUCUAGGCCACCCAAUUCAACUGCACCGCAAGCCGUGAUACUCUGGGCUUUGUCCCGUUUCGACCAUGACCGAAUCCGACAAGGGCAGGGUUGGCAAUCAAUGUGGUCACCAUGCCUCCGGCACAUCAAGAGGUCAUAAGAGAAUACGAAGGCUCGCUGGAUUCUGCUGCCUCGCCUCGUGCGUUCCCGUCAAAGCUUUUUUGGGUGCAGGCAUGGGUGUAGGGCCGAUGUCGACACCCGUUAGAGCUCAGACAUUUCAUCCUCUGACCUACCAAUCAAGGCAUGAUGGCGUCGCAAACUCCAUUCUAAACGGUCGAACCAGACUACAAGUAGCGCAGAUCCCAGCGCCCAUGGAUUGGAAUGUGGCAGCAUGGCCAGAUCUCCCAAUUGUAAACGAGACAGCCAUGAGUGGACGAAACAACGAGAUGCGGGCUGGCUGGGCGAAACUGAGCCAUAUGGGAAGCACAUUGACACGCCCUGCGCAGUCCUCAUCUGGAACUAAAGUAAUUUUGAGCCCCUCUCCGAGCAAGAAAUCGAGUGCCGACCGUGCUGUCCGGCAGGUUGUAGCUCAGGGCAGACUCGGCAAAGCAGUGGAUUUGCUGGUGUCACUUAGUGAGGAGGAGGACGGCCUUCAUGCGAUUGACCGGGCUCUAGUCAACUUCGUUCUCUACAACUGCAUGCGGCGCAGGGACUGGACACGUGCCCUGACCGUGCUGGACGCGCCCUUAAUCGAGGUGGACGUGGUGGGAUUCACCAUGGCCAUCAAGGCCUGCGGCCAGGCGCGACGGUGGAGGGAGGCUCUUGGCGUGCUGCGCGAAAUGCAGGCGCGGGGUCUCCGCCCAGACUUGGUUUCCUUUAACACAGCUAUGGAUGCUUUGGGGAAGGCGGGACAGUACGAUCUCGCUCUCGAAUUGUUCACCGAGAUUGAAGACCACGGUUUUGCGCCAAACCUGGUGUCUUACAACACUGCGAUCCACGCUUGUGGGCGAGCUGGCAUGGUAGACCGGGCCCACGAGCUCCUUCGAGAAAUGCAAGGGCUGAGUGUGCGCCCGGAUUCUGUGUCAUACAACACCGUUAUGGCCGCAUUUGCGAAGAAGAAUCAAUGGAAGGCGGCGCUGGAACUGCUCGCAGAAAUGAAGGAGGCACCUGGAGUCGAUCCAGAUCUGAUUUCGUACAACACCGCCAUGCACGUCUGUGCGAAGGCGGGCAGGUGGGAGCGGGCUACGGAGCUUUUGACCGAGGCUUUGGGCCAGGGGCUGCAGCCAGACGUGGUCUCAUACAACACCGUUAUGCACGCCUGCGGGCGCGCAGGCGAGUACUUGCAAGCAUUGGACCUUUUUGGGAUGAUGGAGGAGGUGGGAGUCGCCCCAGAUCGCGUGAGCUUCAACACUGCGAUGCACGCAUGCAACCGGGCCCUGAAAUGGCAGGCGGCACUGCAGAUUCUAAGAGAAAUGGAGGCCCGAAGCAUCGCCCCGAACGUGAAGAGCUACACCAUCGCUGUGGACGCCUGUGGACGCGCAGGGGAGUGGGAACGGGCCUUGGAGCUGAUGGAGGAGAUGGAGGUUAGGGGUGUGCCGGCCAACGUGCACACGUACACGGCUGCCAUGGACGCGUGCUGCCGGGGAGGCGCGGUGGAUCGGGUGCUUGUGCUUUUGGAGGAGAUGGACGGAAAGGGGGUCGAGCCUAACGUGGUCUCCUACACCAUUGCUAUGGACGCGAUGAAUCGAGUGGGCAAGUGGGAUAGGGCGUCCGCUGUAUUGGAGCAAAUGGUGCAACGUGGCCUUCGCUUAGACUCGGUCUCCUAUCGCACUGCCUUGAGCACGGCGGGUCGUGCCGGGGAUGAGGAAGGAGAGCGCCUGACAAAGAUUGUGCACGAGUCGCGACAGCGUGGCCACGCACGACAGCGCGGUGAGCGGAAUGGACCCGGGGAAGGUGGGGAGAGCUCGGACGGCGACCUGGCAGGGGGCUACGGUGAGCUUUUUCCAACCGGUAGCCGACAGUUUCGACAAACCCAGAUUGGCAGCAGCACCCUCUGGGGCCUAUAGCGUGGUAAAUGGUGACUAGUGUAGUUAAAUGUUCACGACGACGGACACAAGCAAUUAUGCUCUUUGUUGUCUCAAACUGGCAGUCUUUCCCGCUGCUUGGUAGCAGAACUUUCAACAGAGGAGCACUCACGGGCGCAACCAUAGUUGUUCCGUCCCUCCUCCAUCUCCUCGCUAUUUGUUUCGAGUCUCAAACCGAGUUCUUAGCGAUUGUCGAAAUAUGGCGAUUGACAAACACCGGCGGCACUUCGGUUUCCGCGCAAUUUCUGGGGUUUUUUGGUUAGGGUUACCCUAACCACAAAUAAAGCGGACAACUCGAUCGCAAGCGAUGUGUUGGAAUAGAUGGAACUUACGUAUAACGUUUAUGUUACUGGCAUCUUGAAAAUACACGCGAUGGAACACAUAAGUAAUUUUAGGAUCGAAUGCCAUGAUUUACCAUGCGGAAAUGGAGACAUUCGAAGGAUGAAAUCCACUUGAUAUGGUGAGCGACAAGUGGAGGUAAAGUGAGCCCAUGCGCUUAGUUAUCCCUUUUUCAGUUGAAGGUAUUUGAGUAUGAGCUGAGGUGUUUGGGGAACGCGCCGACCAAGUAAUUGUAGAGAUGAAGUAAAGCUAGCUAACAGAGAACUCUAGCCCAGGAAUCGCCCGAAUUGAUUUUUUUCCUCUUGCUCAUGCCAAGACUGGUUGAUCACGUCGGCAGUGUGACACCACGGAAGGAUCCAUGACGUUCGAAUCUGGACUCGUCAGCCUAAAAUUGUAGAGAAGAGUUGUCCGUUGAACCCCCAAAAAUCUUUGUGAACGUCUUCGAAGGAGACAAAAAGUCGGUCACCAGGAAUGUCUCCAGCAGCUUUCAUAGCAGUUCCCAGAGCCUUGAGAAGAGCUUCUUUGUUCGCCUUCGCGUUGGCACCAUAACCAAUAGAGUGGACGCUUAUCAUUGCUGCAGGUGCUUUAGUUCCUCCAAAUUGAAGGUUUGGGCUCACUGUCACGUCCACUGCAAUGUACUGGUCAGGCUUAUUGAGCACGUCACGAAUAGCGUUGUGUGCAGCAUCUGUCACAGCCUUGACUCCCGAGGCAUCCAACUGAGCAGAGGUGCGAAUAUUGACAAAAGGCAUGGUGAAAUCUGUCAAGCAAGUAGCUUGAUCUGACAGGUUGGACCGUGGACGACGGGUACGAUAUGCU